GCCCCGUCAGGAACCUGUAAAUCAUGUCUGGGAGAAACACUUCUUGUAACACCCUGGUUCGCCUCGGCUGUCUGCGCUGUGCCAGGGAGCACAGGGAGGCGUCAGCCCUGCUCCCACCCUCUCGCUUGCCCAGCGCCGACCACACGCAACCGGACACACCUCUCCAUCCCUCUUCACUGCACGACCCGCCGGGCCGCGUGCCCCCUCCUGAGCAAGCACCACCCUUGGCCAAGGCUUCCCCACCAUCCCUGACGCUGGACCGUGGGACAUGGCCACCCACAGAGUAGCGAUCAUCGGGGCCGGCGCCUCUGGCCUGUGCGCUGUGAAAUGCUGCCUGGACGAGGGGCUGGCACCCACCUGCUUUGAGAGGAGCAGGGACAUCGGCGGGCUCUGGCGAUUCGAGGAGUACCCCGAGGAGGGCCGCGCCAGCAUCUACAAGUCCGUCAUCAUCAACACCUCCAAGGAGAUGAUGUGCUUCAGCGACUUCCCCAUCCCUGACGACUUCCCCAACUACAUGCACAACUCCCAGAUCAUGGAGUACUUCCGCAUGUAUGCCCAGCACUUCGACCUGCUCCGACACAUCCGCUUCGAGACCAGCGUGUGCCGCGUGGCGAAGCGCCCCGACUUCGCCGUCACCGGCCAGUGGGACGUGGUCACCGAGAGCGAUGGGGAGCAGGAGUCGGCCGUCUUCGACGCCGUGCUGGUGUGCACCGGGCACCACACUGAUGCGCACCUCCCGCUGCACAGCUUCCCGGGGCUGGAAAGGUUUGAGGGCUGGUACCUGCACAGCCGGGAGUACAAGACCCCGCAGGCCUUCUCAGAGAAGCGAGUUGUGGUGAUCGGCAUUGGGAAUUCAGGCACCGACAUUGCCGUGGAGCUGGGCCCCACGGCGAAGCAGGUCUUCCUCAGCACCAGGCGCGGGGCCUGGGUGCUGCACCGCCUUGCCGAAAGCGGCUACCCCUUUGACUUCACCUACAUUACCCGCCACAUCCAGCUCCUCCACAGCCUCAUUCCCCUCUCCAUCAGGCGGUUCACCCUGGAGAGGAAGCUGAAUGCUCGGUUCGACCAUGCGCUCUACGGCCUGCAGCCCCGGCACGGGAUCCUCCACCAGCACCCAACCAUCAACGAUGACCUGCCCAACCGCAUCAUUUCGGGCAGGGUGAGGGUCAAGCCGAACGUCCGGGAGUUCACGGCAACCGCUGCCAUCUUUGAGGACGGCACCAAGGAAGAUAUUGACGCCGUGGUCUUUGCCACAGGAUACAGCUUCUCCUUCCCCUUCCUCGAGGACUGUGUCACAGUGGUGGAGAACCAGAUCUCCCUGUACAAGUUUGUGUUCCCCGCCCACCUGGAGAAGCCAACGCUGGCUUUCAUCGGCCUUGUCCAGCCCCUGGGCGCCAUCAUGCCCAUCUCCGAGCUCCAGUGCCGCUGGGCCACCCGUGUCUUCAAGGGACUGAACAAACUGCCUCCGAGGUGCGACAUGGAGGCUGACAUCAACCAGAAGAAAGAAGAGAUGGCCAAGCGGUACGUGCGGAGCCAGCGGCACACCAUCCAGGUGGAUUACAUCCCCUACAUGGACGAGCUCGCCUGCCAGCUGGGCGUCAAGCCCAACCUGCUCACCCUCUUCCUCACCGACCCCCGGCUGGCGACGGAGGUGCUGUUGGGCCCCUGCACCCCCUACCAGUACCGCCUGCGGGGCCCGGGGAGGUGGGCGGGCGCCCGGCAGGCCAUCCUGACCCAGUGGGAGCGCGUCGUCAAGCCACUGCACGCGCGGGCCGGGGACGCGCCUCCCCGCACCACCUCGGUGCCCCACAUCUUCAAGGUCUUCCUCAGCAUCGGCCUGAUUGUGGCCACCCUCGUCUACGUCUCGCUUUCUCCUUGACUCUCCAGCCGAAGGAGACGGAGUCCUGCUGACACUUGUCUUCCUCCUUUGGGGCUUUGGCAGGCGCAGAGGAAACCGGUUCUUCGCAACACGCUGUCUCCACCCCCCUCGCUGCCCUUGGGGACCCCUUGGAAGAGGGCAAUAA